AUGUCUCCCGUCGAGCCCAACCACAUAUACCAAUACUCGCUCGUCAACGCCCUGAUGGCCGGCGUAUCCGAAUCCGGCAUCACCACCACCCAACUCCUCACCAAAGGCAACCUCGGCCUCGGCACCUUCGUACGCAUGGACGGCGAACUCCUCCUCCUGGACGACAAAGUCUACCAACUGCAAUCCCACGGCAAGAUCCGCGAAGCCGCAGCCCACGACCAGAUCCCCUACGCGGUCUGCACGCAGUUCGUGCCCGAGCACACCCUCUCGGUCAACCUGGCGCACAAGGACGCCGUGGACCGCGUGCUGCAGGAUGUGAACCCGGACGCGGAGAAUCUCUUCAUGGCCUACCGCAUCACCGGCACGUUCAGCCACGCCAGGUGCCGCACCGUCAAGGGCCAGGAGUACGCGGGCCAGCCGCUCGCGGAGCUGGGCCAGUCGCAGUUCGUGGCCGAGUACAAGGACGUCGAGGGCACGGUCGUGGGGUUCCGCAGUCCCAGGGCGUGGCAGGGCUUCUUUGUGGCCGGGGAGCAUCUGCAUUUCAUCAGUGAUGAUCGCACGUUUGGGGGCCACGUGCUGGAGUUGACGGCCGAGCAGGAGGUCAAGUUUGAGGUGGCCACGGUGGCGGAUGUGCAUAUCGAGUUGCCGAGGACAAAGACCUUUAAUGCUGCGAAGAUGGAGACGGAUGAUAUGGGCUUGAAGAGCGUUGAGGGUUGA